ACACACACACACACACUCACACAUUAGUGGGAGUGGGAGCGUGCUGUAAAAUCAAAAGAAAGAAUUCCCGGCCCUCACCCAUAUUAUCGCUAGCUAUGUGCAAUCCAAACUCCAUCUCCGAUCACAAACAGCCUCCGCCGCUACCUACGCCGUCGCCUCCUCCUCCUCAGUGCAACCUCUAUCUCGAUCUGAUAUCAGUCCCCACCACCUUCAAACCAACCAAACGACCACCACCACCACCGGCCAACGGGGGCAGCAGCCUAUCCGCCGAUAUUAUCUCCGAAACAAAAUCUCUGAUGAAGCUAGCCUUUCCGAUAGGACUAACGGCGCUAAUUGCGUACUCGAGGUCGAUGGUGUCGAUGCUGUUUCUGGGGCAGCUGGGUGACAGUGAGCUGGCAGCUGGCUCGUUAGCCAUGGCUUUCGCUAACAUAACCGGCUACUCAGUGCUGUCAGGUUUGGCUCUUGGUAUGGAGCCACUCUGCUCUCAGGCAUUUGGCGCUCACCGCCCGAAGCUACUUUCUCUGACCCUACACCGCUCCGUUAUUUUCCUACUCCUCUGCUCUCUCCCCAUCACUUUCCUUUGGCUCAACAUUUCAAACAUUCUUCUCUAUUUGCACCAAGACCCCACUCUCACCUCCUUGUCCCAUACUUUUCUUUCCUUCUCGGUCCCUGAUCUUUUCUCCUUUUCCAUUAUCCACCCCAUCAGGAUUUACCUUCGUGCUCAAGGCAUCACCCACCCACUCACCGUCGCCUCCCUCGUCGGCGCCGCCUUCCACCUCCCCUUCAACUUCCUCCUCGUCUCCCGCCUCCGCCUCGGCGUCGCCGGAGUCGCCGCCGCCUCCGCCGCCUCCAACCUCGUCGUCCUCGUCGCGCUCGUGCUCUACAUUUGGGCACGUGGCCUGCACGCCCCGACGUGGACGAAGCCGAGCCUCAAGUGCCUCACCGGCUGGGCGCCGCUCGUCCGGCUCGCCGCGCCGAGCUGCGUCUCCGUCUGCCUGGAGUGGUGGUGGUAUGAGAUCAUGAUAGUGUUGUGCGGGCUGCUGGUGGACCCCAAAGCCACGGUGGCGUCGAUGGGCAUUUUGAUCCAAACGACGUCGUUGCUCUACGUGUUCCCAUCCUCACUCAGCUUCGCCGUUUCGACCCGGGUCGGGAAUGAACUCGGGGCGAACCGACCCGAAAAGGCCCGCCUUUCCGCCAUCGUAUCCAUAUUCCUAGCCGGGUUGAUGGGCUUAUCCGCUAUGACUUUCGCCACGUCGAUGAGGAAUUUGUGGGCCCAGAUGUACACGAGUGACGCCAGCAUCGUGCGGCUGACGUCGGCGGCGCUGCCGAUACUUGGGCUGUGCGAGCUCGGGAACUGCCCGCAGACCGUCGGGUGUGGGGUUGUGCGGGGGACGGCGCGGCCGUCCACGGCGGCGAACGUGAACCUCGGCGCAUUCUAUCUGGUGGGGAUGCCGGUGGCUAUUGGGCUCGGGUUCUGGUUUGGAGUUGGGUUCUGUGGGCUGUGGAUUGGGCUUCUGUCGGCCCAAGUGUGUUGUGCUGGGCUGAUGCUGUACGUGGUGGGGACCACAAACUGGGAGUACGAAGCUGUGAGGGCGCAGCUGCUCACGUGCGCCGGAUAUGGUGAAACUUCUUCACUGUCAAAACAAAUUAUUCCCGGACUGUUGAAGAAAUUGAACAAAUUGGAAGAUGACAUGAAAGAAGAGAAGGAAAACCAAGGGAAGAUGUUGAUUCAACUUCAAUUAUACAAGAAGAAAGUAAUGAAGUUGAUGGUUGUGAUUCUUGCUUUGCUUUUGUUUAUAGCAAUGCAUAUGAUUUUGAAGCUCUAA